UCCGAUUGCUUCGGAAAAGUUUUGCUUGGAAGACAAGCCACUUUUUUGUCUGUACUUGGCCCCACGACGUAAGGGGAUCUAUUGAAAGGUGGCAGAAAUUUUCGGACACGCCAAGAAUCCGUUCAAUCGCGCUUCUGCUUCGAGUCGUUGGGUCCACGUUGAAACUUCGAGUCCUGCUUUGUUAGCCUCGCCUAGUUUAGCCGCUAACAAAGGGAGAAAACAACGCGCCUGGGCUCGACACGUCGCCGAGCAAGCAAACAUCAAGUCCCAAAAUGUCAGAUGUCAGUCAAGUUCAUCGUCCUGAACGCCAGGAGUGUGCUCGCAUGAAAGAAGAAGAGGAGGAAGAGUCACCAUGCGUCAAGAAUGUGGAGGAAGAAUUAGUCCACAUUAAAGAGGAGUAUUUCAUUAGAGUUGAGAACCCCCACAUUGAGGAGCAGCAGCAACUUCAUCCUCUCAAGAAGGAGGAGGACGACCCGCUAUAUGUUAAAGUGGAAGUGGUGGACAUCCAAAAGUGGACUGAUGGGAACUUGAAAGGUGAAGAUGGAGGUCCGAGUGAGGCCAGCAGAGGGGCGGAGCUUCUGAGUGGCAGCAGUUCAAAAGAAGGAUUCCAAGCAGACAACCUCAUCCCUCGACCAUCAGAGAGUGACGACUUCACAUCAUUCUCAAUGUUCUGUUUCAGAAAAUAUCUUGGCGCUGAGCCAGAAUCUCCUGGCGUAAAAGAGGAUGUUGCGCUCCCCCAAUUUAAAGAGGAGCCAAAGCCCUGUCAACAGAAGACAUUUCCAAUCAAAAAGGAGAAGGAGGAGCUGCCAUAUGGUAAAGAGGAGGAGGAUAAUACCACCAGAUUGACUGGUGAGCCCUUGAAGAAUGAAGAUGGUCCGAGUGAGGCUAGCAGAGGGGCGGCGCCUCCAAGCGGGGGGAGUAGCAGCAGCUCAACAGAAGGAUUGCAAGCAGACAUUUACAUUGCUCCGUCAGAUAGAGAUGGCGCCACGUCACACUCACCUUACAAUGAUGAUAGUCAUAAGACAUCUCACGGUGACGACAAACUCUGCAAAUGCUCUCAGUGUGGGAAAAACUUUGCGAAUAAAUAUACUUGUCGGACGCAUAUGAGGAGCCACACUGGUGAAAAUCCUUUUGUCUGCUCAGUUUGUGGUCAAAUAUUCAGUCAAAAGGGAUCCUUAAAACGACACACAAUAAUCCACACUGGUGAAAAACCUUUUUCCUGCUCAGUUUGUGAUCAAAGAUUCAGGAGCAACAGAAUGUUGAUAUUCCACAGAAGAACCCACACUGGUGAAAAACCUUUUGCCUGCUCAAUUUGUGAUCAAAGAUUCAGGAACAACAGAAGGUUGAUAUUCCACAGAAGAACCCACACUGGUGAAAAACCUUUUUCCUGCUCAGUUUGUGGAAAAGGUUUUGUUCAGGCAGGUGACUUAACAAAACACACAAGAACCCACACUGGCGAAAAACCUUUUCCCUGUUUACUUUGUGGAAAAAGUUUUGGUCAGGCGGGAGACUUAAAAAGACACACAAGAACCCACACUGGCGAAAAACCUUUUUCCUGCUUGGUUUGUGGUCAAAGAUUCAUUCAAAAAAUUAGCUUGCAAAUACACACAAGAACCCAUACUGGAGAAAAACCUUUUUCUUGCCCAGUUUGUGGUCAAAGAUUCAGUCGCAAGAGUGUCUUAAAACGACACACAAGUACCCACACUGGCGAUAAACUUUUUGCCUGCUCAAUUUGUGAUCAAAGAUUCAGGAACAACAGAAACUUAAUAUUCCACAGAAGUACCCACACUGGUGAAAAACCUUUUUCCUGCUCAGUUUGUGGAAAAGGUUUUGUUCAUGCAGGAGACUUAACAAAACACACAAGGACCCACACUGGUGAAAAACCUUUUUCCUGCUUAGUUUGUGGAAAAGGUUUUGGUCAAGCUGGAGACUUAAGAAGACACGCGAGAACCCACACUGGUGAAAAACCUCUUUCCUGCUCAGUUUGUGGAAAAGGUUUUGGUCAAGCGGGAGACUUGACAAAACACCAAAGAACCCACACUGGCGACAAACCUUUUUCCUGCUCAGUUUGUGGUCAAAAAUUCACUCAAAAAAGUAGCUUGAAAAUACACACAAGAAUCCACACUGGAGAAAAACCUUUUUCCUGCUCGGUUUGUGGUCAAGGAUUCGCUCGCAAGGAUCGGCUUAAGACACACGUGUGUGUUGGUGUGAGAAGCAGUGGCCAAUGAGUGUUUUGCUUGUCAUACAUGCUGGUUUCAUCAGUUUUGACACAAAGGACAAUUGUAUUCUGUAGAGCUUUCUCAAAUCCUGUUGAGGGUUGAUACUUUUGGUGCCUUACAUGUGCUUUGUCUAAUCCUUGUAUGUUGUGCAUCCAAACUAUUAGGCUCGAGCGUAUGACGUGGCACUCGCGAGGUUUCCGCCCCUAUUGCCAUGUUGGAAGCAGGAAGUUCGGUGUUAGAACUCCGGGAAACAUAAACAGUGAGGCAUUUCAACUCAGGUCGCUCUUUAAAAAUGAUUGGAAAUUAUUGUUCGCUAAAGAAUUGCAACAACCGAUCGAAUAGAAAGGAGAAUGUACAGCUCGACGGAACCCCAUUGAGUUUCUUCCGGAUCCCUACAUGGAGAAAAGGCGAGGGAAAGCUCAUAUCUGAACUUACCAAACGUCGAAGAAUGGCAUGGGUGGCCUCGAUCAGAAGGAAGGGCAUAACAUUUGAUUCUCCAGUUACACACAGAGUUUGCUCUAUGCACUUCCACUCCGGUAAGUUAAUUUCGUUUGUCUAUGCAAAUUUCGGUAACUUUAUGCCCUAAGUCGGCCGGUUGUUAGCUAUAGCUACAGCUAAACAACUAGCAUGCAUAGAUGUACAUUGUCUUCAUGAGACAUAAUUCCUGUCGUUUCUAAAUGGAAAAAGCUGUAACAUGUUGCCGUGAGAUAGUAGCAAAGAAUUUGUACACAGGCUACAUUGUCUGCAACAAAUCCGUUUUCUAAAACACAGCAUUGAUUUGUCACUUAACUAUCACAGCUCAGCACAGCACAAAUUCAGAUGUUCAUGACAACGAAAAUGUAAACACACAUUGCCUACCUUUGCAAGAACGAUGGUGUUGCCGUUUGCUACGGUCAUAAUGUGCAGGUCCUGCACCGAUCCGCAGCAAAACUGUUCAUAGCUUUGUGGCGAUUUGUAGUUUCGGAAUUGCUGAUGAGUGUAGUAACUUACACUAAAUACAGCAUGAUGUCCAUUUCGCGUACUGGUGGAAGCUUGUCAACAUAUUUGUUCCAUUUGUGUUCGGCUUGCUCGUAAGGGUCAACAUUGUUCACAUCCUUAAGUUUGCUCACAUAUCUGUCCUUUGCCGUUGUAACAAGUUUGUAUUGAACUGGCAAGUUUUCCUUACUUUUUUCCAUCUUUGGCACUCGUUGAAUUGUAUUUGCCGUUAAGUUUGAAUGUCCCGGGAUGCAGACGUGCUUCCAAUAUGGCUGCGUUGUCGCAAAUCUCGCAUGAUCCCGUGUUGCUGUGACGUAAACGCUCGAGCCUAAUUGCCAAAAGUAUUGGUUCACCCGAUUUAACUUUCAAGUGCCAUUAUAUAUAUAUCUAAUACUCGCCCUCUUUCAAACUACUUUUCACAGAUAUUUGAAACUGUAGACCCUAAACAAAAAAAAAUCAAAAGUUAUUCUAAAACACAGCCUCACGAGAUGCUUUCAUCAUUGUUGAUUUUAGUGAAUUAAUUAUUAAUCAUUAUUAUUGAUUAAUUGCUAAUUGCAUCUUUUGUCCACCUUUCAGACAGAAUAACAUACAAAUGGGUUUGCCUGGCACCAUCAGACUAUUCUCCCUGUAUUUUUCAAACACUGAGAAAUAGUCUGGGACCCAGCCCAUUAACGGCCUCUCGAGCACAGACAAAAUAAACUGUUCAAUCAGAUUCGUUUAUUUGCGUGACGUGUUUUAACGAGCAACGUCACUCUUCCGCGUUGGAAGUCGUCUCCACAACAACACAGAUGGCGAACAGGAGAGCCGCGAAUGUUCCAAUCCACGGUAAAAUCAGUUAUAAAUGACAAAAAAACACAUCGACACAAGUCCAUGACAACAGUCUGUUUCGCGCUAGUCCAGACCUGUUAAGUUUCACGAUUUGGUCGGGAGACUCCCGAUUUUGACCCCAAUGCUCACGCCUCACGAUUAGAAAGCCAAAUCUCCUGAUUUUCCAAAAAUGUCAAUUUUUUUUUUUUUUUACGUUUUUGUUUGUCACCAUUUUGUAACGAUACCAUUCGGCCCGAUUCGGAAAGUGACCAACAACGAAUAGCCUGGCCGUCUCCGACUUCCCUGCCCUCAUCUGACAGGGAGGGAAGAGGCGAAGCACCACCGACUUCCCAAGAUGCUGGCACUAAUAAACCGGCUUUUAGACUGGUUCAAGUCUUUAUUUUGGAAGGAAGAGAUGGAGCUGACCCUGGUCUGCCUCCAGUAUUCGGGAAAAACGACGUUCGUCAACGUAAUUGCCGUAAGUCUUACCUGCCAGCGAUAGCUAACUAGCCUAAUGCUAAUAGCAUUAGAGCUAAUGAUGGGAGAACGAUGACGAGGAAGAAGUCGCUGCUUUACUCUGUGUUUUCGUGGAUCAAACAUCAUGGAAUAUUAAACCGCUGCGGUCCUACCCCCACAAUAUAUGACUUUAAGUGAGAAAGCGUAUUGUUACUUACUUGAAGUUUAAUCAUUUAGAUUCGCUAUUAUGCUAAAGCUAAAGUGUAUACUAUACACUUUAUUACAUUAUAUCAUUAUUACUGUGCUGAAACAAAAAAUAUAAAGUUUCAAUUCUAGGUUACAAUUCAAUUAAAAAACUGCCAUGACAAAGUUACUUUUAAAAACAAAUAUGAUUAAUUUUCUAAAUGAUGUAAUUAAUGUUUUUAAUCUUGCUGAUUUAGUCUGACGAAACCCUAAUUGGAGUGAUGGUUGAUGAGAUGAAGAGGCUGCUGAGGAAGCUGAUGUCCAAAUUUGUGCAAAUGGAUGUGAUCAGGAAAGCUGAGGAUAUCCUAGAUGUUGAUUACAGGAACAAGGAGAACUGGCAUGACACAGGCAACAUAGCAGUAUCACAUGAUGCCAGACAAUACAUGGAGCAAGUUGAAUAUCUCUGAUGCCACCAAAAAGAGGUUCUUUGACAGUGUAGUUAAUUUUUACACAAGUGUUGUGACCAAAAUGAACUUGAAAAAAAAUGGUUGCAUUUUGUCUUAGCGAUUGUCGCGCGCGCGCGCGUCAUCAGGGUUGGCAAACAGAAAUCUCCCUAUUUGCAAUUUCUACAACUUAACAGGUAUGCUAGUCAUGGUGAAUAAACACCGCUCUCCUCGUAUGUUUACUUCCGCGCGCAAGUCCCUCCUCCUGCCCUCGUCGCUUUACUAACUUCACGUCC